AGAGAGUUUAUGAUGCCCAGUGGCUUGCCUUUUUUUGCAAAAUUGUUGAAGGGAGCCAAAAAGUGACAGUCACAUGACUGAGGGAACAUCCGCAAAAAACAGAGUCAGCUUGAAAUGUCGAAGGCAUACUUCAAUCUCUCGUCACCAAUGUCAGUUGCCGCUGUUGUAAAGAAGGCAGCUGCCAACACCGUCAGUCAACCAAGUUCUAGACUUCGUUUACGCAAAGCGGCUCUCACUCUCACACCAGCUGCAGUUGACCGCUUAAAGUCACUCUACAAUGGCCCAGAGCCUCGUUUGCUUCGAGUUGGAGUCAAACAAAAAGGCUGUUCCGGUAACUCUUAUAGUCUGGAGUUCACCGACAAAAAGGGCAAGUUCGAUGAAGUAGUGAAACAAGAUGGUGUAACCGUUCUUGUUGAUUCCAAAGCGCUGAUCACCGUCCUUGGCUCGGAAAUGGACUAUAUCCAGAACAAGCUCUCUUCGUCAUUUGUUUUCUCUAAUCCCAACGUCAAAGAGACGUGUGGAUGUGGUGAGAGCUUCAAAAUCUAGAGAACCUUUUUUUAAUAUCGUUUCAGUAUUGUAUAAUAGUUGUAAACCCUCCUCAUUCAAUCAAUGUAUAACCUCAUCCUCCAUUUUGCUUUGAAAGUAAAGAAUUCAAUGUUCACAUGUUCGUGUGGUCAAACACAUACUGCACUAAUUUUUGGCACAGGCUAAAACCCACUUCUUUU